CCUAAGCGACGGUCAUAGAAAGGCGCUCGUUUCGCGGACGACAGCUGCGGAUCCAAUACCAUUUUCUCGCCCAGACUGCAAGUCUUGACGUAAUUUGCUUCUAACUUUGUUGUUUAGCGAUACCAGUAAACAAGAAAGACAUAGUUUUUGAUUGAGCCGCGGCUCACACUUGAGCGAAGUUGCUGGAAUGUUAUUGGCUUCGCGGGGUUCUUAAACCUAUAUGUAGCUCGUGACAAAUGGAUUUAAGUGGUCUCAGAUAAACGCUGUUGAGCAACAGCUAUCGCCCUCAACAUGGAGGUCAACGGUGGCUCGCGCAGGCGCAUGCCUCCGGCGGACGCCGGACCGGCCUUUGUGCCAUCGGCGUCGCGCGUGGGGCUACCGAACGCGGCUCAGGGGCUUCCACCGGCGGCCCCACCGGCCCCGCCCGCGAGGGCGACGUCGUCGCCGGGGUUGGUGGCGCAGCCGGGGGGCCCCGCAGGCGCGGCGGGUGGACAGCAGCAGGCGCUUUACUACUCGCGAGCCGGGGCUGCAGCGGCAGGACCAGGACCAGUUGGUCGCACAGGAGCGCCGGCGGCUCAGGGCGCGGGCGCGCAGGUGUCGCCUAUGGCUGCAGCGGCAGGGCCGGCGCCCGCGCCAUACAUCAACGUCGCCAGUCCGGAGUGAGUGCGCUGGCCUGGCAGGAAUCCAGCUGCUGCCUCGUUACCAGCCUACCCUCUGGUAUCACUAGCAGGGGAAAUGGUUCAGCCUUGAUAUCUUGCGGGAGCCGCGGCCUGCGCCGAGGGAGCCCACGUUGGAGGCCAAAUGAGUGCCGUACCCACUGUGGGCAACUGUGUGGUGCACAAAGCAGGAGCCGACAAUGGGUUGAUGACUGGAGGAGGGGUUGGACACGUUGCAUGACGGGACAGCGUGCAGCCCACCAAGUCACGUACCCG